GUUCCGGUCGUGUUGUAUCGUCCAGUUGCGGUGGAGAGACGGCCGCAGAAUAGACUCGUCGAUACCUGAUCCCAGAAGGCGCGCAAGAUGCAUGCCACCUUUCCAAGCUACCAUCUGCCCAUGGUCAGCGAUAGCCUUGGGAGGAUGCCUCGUUUUCCGUUCCGCCUCUCCAAGCAUGCCUUCUAUGAUCGACCAUAGCAAUGGCGACAUCGUGGGCCCUGUCAACGUUCAGAGGGGCAUCAGUUUAGGUGCCGCAAAAACGAAUGGCCCGACAGCGGUCCUACUAGAACUACAUGACUCUUCGAUCAUCUCGAGAGGUGCCAUAUCUGUAGUGCAUUUCAUGGCAGUCCGGCACGCGUAGCGUACGCACUGCGGCCAUAGUGGGGAGUGGCGUUGUCUUCCUGAGCAAUGCGUGGUGAGUGAGAUCAGGUGUAUGACGUACGCUACAGGCUGACCAUACAAUACCGAAGGAGACAAAAUAUCGUUGGUCACU